UAACAUUCCGGGACGGUCUCAGUUCCUGCUCGGUUAUCGACGAGCGAGGGCGAAGCGUUCUCGACGCGGCGCGCGCCGAUUCCUUGUGAUGUGACACGAGCGGUGACACAGCGGGAGACAAUCAGCGGGAGUGCAAGAAAAGCCAAAGAGAUGAGGUCGAACGCUGUUAGGCUGGUGCGCGUUUGCCUGUCGCUUCUGCUGAUGGUGACCGUGGCUAGUGCGAGGAUUCACAAGCUGGAUAUACGGAAAGACAGAAGACAUUACAUUACCUUGAGCACAUUUGGUUUCUACAAGGGUGGCAUUUUAACCGUGAAUCUCACGAAUUUCAAGUUUGAGCCAGCGGGCAGACAAAAACUGACACCGGAAAGUGCAAACAAGGCAGUAUUUGGCUUCAGCUUGGGUCGAACGCUCAUCGAUGCUAUCAAUCCCUACGUUCACAAUCACCUGGAUGGAUGCCUGUUGCAAAACAUUUCGAAUCUCAAGACGGAGCAAAAGGAUGACAGUUCCAUUAUAUAUUUUACCAUGGACCUGAAGAAUCUAACGAUGCAAGUGAACUGCAGUCACAAUGUAGAGGCGGCACACAUUUAUAGAGACCCUACAGUGCUGACGUAUCGAACGAAGAGGAACUCGCUGUCGGAGAGAUUCAGCGAUACCGCGCUCUUCCCCAGGAAAAAGCGAAAUGCAUCGCACGUCGAGAAGCUCGUUGCGCUCGGCGAUGUCUCGAGACUCGGGUCGGAGAGCAACGCGUGCUCUCGUCUGAGAUUGCCAAUGACAAUGGAGACAACGUCAAAGGGCGAGAAAUCGUACAACACGAGCUUCGUCAUGUACGUGGCGAGCGAGGAAGAGGAAGGCCUGUACAAUCUAUAUUUUCAUAAUUGUCAGAAUUAUGACAAUUAUAUGGAACCGCUGCUGGUGGAUUUCACGAUGGAAAUAGCGGAGAUGAAUAACGACAACUUCCUCAGCGCCGGCGAGAUGCCCCUGCCAGCUUUGUACUUCACGAUGGCGCUGCUCUUCUUCUUGUCCGGCUGCCUUUGGGUGUUUAUUCUUAACAAAAGCAAGCAUACCGUAUUCAAAAUCCACUACUUAAUGGCGGUCCUGGUGUACCUGAAGUCUUUCUCACUGUUAUUCCACGGUAUAAAUUACCACUUUAUCCAGACCAAGGGUGAACACGUAGAGGCGUGGGCAAUUUUGUAUUACAUUACUCAUCUCCUAAAAGGCGCCGUUCUCUUUAUUACUAUCGUACUUAUUGGCACGGGAUGGAACUUUAUAAAGCACAUUCUCACAGAUAAGGAAAAGAAACUCUUUAUGCUGGUCAUACCGUUACAGGUAUUGGCAAAUGUGGCGGAAAUAAUAAUCGAAGAAAGCGACGUAGGUAAUUUACGACGCCAGACAUCGCGGGACAUGUUUAUCCUCAUUGAUUUGGUCUGUUGCGGUGCAAUUCUAUUUCCGGUUGUGUGGAGCAUCAGGCAUUUAGAAGAGGCCGCCCGCACGAGUGAUAAAGCGGCUAUGAACUUGCGCAAACUCAUGUUGUUCAAGCAUUUCUACAUUAUGAUAGUUUUCUAUAUAUACUUCACCCGAAUUAUAAUGUACAUACUCAAGAUCACCGUGCGCUUUGAUUACCAAUGGCUGGAUGAAACUUUCCGAGAAAUGGCGACCUACGCAUUCUUCGUCUUGACAGGUUACAAAUUUCGACCAGCAUCCGCGAAUCCGUACUUCACGGUGCCGAGCGACGAAGUGGAGCCGGACGAGGACGACAAAGUCGACGUCGUUAUUUCCGGUGGUAAUGGAAUUAGCAGGGACUUCAGUAAAGUGAGCAAGGUGCCAAGGGCAGUGAGAACUUCGAAAGUUCCGUCUACCGAGGAAGAGCGGCAUAAUCUCUUCCACAACACAGAAUCUUGCGAGUACGACUGAAAAUAAUGGAAAUAAAUUGUGAUAGAUUGCGUCACAUGACCAACGCGCCUGCGAAUUUUCGAGGCUAUAUAAUAUUAUACGGAUUGAAGUAGCGAUUAUACAUAUAUAUAUAUAUAUAUAUAUAUAUAUAUAUAUAAUAAAAGCGCGAUGACAGGGUGAUGAAAAGAGAAAUCACAAUGAAAGAGGAUGCGUGGCUCAAAUUCAGCAAGUUUCCUAUCCUCAAACGUGUUUUAUAUUUCUCCUAAAAAAGAGAGAAAAAAAUACUAAUCGGCUAGAUAAACUAUAGAUUUACAUACAUGUAUCAUAUAUUUGCGAUCGAGAUGUUUGAUGUGUUCGCUAUAAUUUCAAGUUGAUCGCCGAUUUCUCGACCCUCUCCCGCUUUCGUAGUCUAUCAUUCAAUCCGACACUUAGUGAGACACACUUCUUCCUUUAAUUUUUUCAUUUCUCUUAAAUUUCUUUAUCUCAGUGAGAUAGAUACUUUAAUGAGUUAGAUAACUUGAUAGGUAACUGUUCAUUUUAAUUAUAUUUAAUGUUUCAUGUUACAAUAUUAUGUCGGCUCCGAGAACGUGAAAGUGCGAGGAUAGACGACAAGUAUACGCGCUUUUUUUUCGACGCGUCUCUUGUAGUCAGUUUUCCGUAGGCAUUUAGAGAAACAUUUCCAUUCUUUUCUUUCCCAUAACGCACGCUUGAUUACCUCGGCAUGUGAAUCUCAUUUUGCCGAUGGCGCGGGUACUUUUGUA